AUGAGAAAUAGCUGUAUCAGGCUCAGGCAACUCUUACGAUCAAAGAUGACCAAUUCAACUCUACCAACACACUUCGAUGGUGAAAUAGACUUAGGUAUCAUUGGUGGUACCGGUCUUUACAAGUUAGACUGCCUAGAACAAGUGGCAAUCUUACCGGAGGUGCAGACGCCGUGGGGUAAAACUUCCUCUCCGAUAACCAUUUCCAAAGUUACUGGUGGCCGUAAUCCCUUCCACGUUGCCUUCCUUGCACGUCACGGGUUACACCAUCAAUACCCACCCAGUAAAGUCCCCUUCAGAGCCAAUAUCGCCGCACUAAAACAUUUGCGUUGUAAAGCUGUCCUAUCGUUCAGUGCUGUCGGAUCUCUACAAUCCUAUAUCAAACCUCGUGAUUUUGUUUUACCACAACAGAUUAUCGAUCGUACCAAGGGGUUAAGGGAUCAUUCUUAUUUUAACGAUGAAGGUCUUGUAGGCCACGUUAUGUUCGGAGAUCCAUUCUCCCGCUCAUUUGCCGAUUAUAUCCAUGGAUUUCAUCACGUUCUGGAAAAUCCUGAUUCACCAUUACCAUGUCUUUUACAUCAUGAUAGAGAAUUAACUGUGGUUUGUAUGGAGGGACCUCAAUUUUCCACUAGAGCCGAAUCUAGAAUGUAUAGAAAUUUGGGAGCUCAUGUUAUCAAUAUGAGUGUAAUCCCCGAGGCUAAAUUAGCUCGCGAAUGUGAAUUACCUUAUCAAAUGGUCUGCAUGUCUACCGAUUAUGAUGCAUGGAAAGAACACGAAGAACCUGUUACCGUGGAAAGUGUCAUGAGUCAUUUGGCUAAUAACGGUAGAAAUGCUAAUUCCCUAGCAUCUAAUGUGGUCCAAUCCAUGGCUCGUGAAUUACCUGAAUUUAUGAAAUCUGGUGAUGGUUUGAAGGGUUCUGUGAAAUUUUCGAUUUCUACUAAACCUGAAGCAAUGUCAAAGGAAACUUUACAGAAGCUAAGAUUUUUAUUCCCAGAUUACUGGUAA